UGUGAUGUUUUUAGUGAGGACGGACUCGUUGAACCGGAAGUUAUCCAUACGCCAAGAAGUAAACAGUUUUGAACUGAAAUAACGUCCAGAGAAUAUUUUAUCGCUGUAUUUGGGCGAGAAUACAGCCACACUGUUACCUAUAGUAAUGUCAUUUGAUGUAACCUCGUUGUAGUUUGACGGCUGUCAUCUUUUCACACGACGGCGACUCCUUGUGGCAGCUCCGUCAAUGAGGCGGGCGUCUGCUGGCAGGAGGCUGUCUGUUGUUAGCUAUUGUCUGCAGCCACAUACUCGCCCACAGUCGCUGGUAGCGGGUUUGCUUUGUCUUGGCAGAAAACAUCACGGUUGCAGACAUGCCAAGUCUAAAGCUGAUAUCUGCAACUGACACGCAGUAUUCAGCGACUGUGCUGAAGUCAAUGAACGAGCAGCGAAAUCAUGGAUUAUUUUGUGACGUCACCAUUAUCAUACAGGACAAGAAAUUUAGAGCUCACAAAACCAUCUUGUCUGCGUCAAGUACAUAUUUCCACCAGCUCUUCAGCGUCGCCGGACAAGUGAUCGAGUUAAACUUCAUCAGAGCAGAAAUCUUUGAGGAGAUUCUUAAUUACAUUUACAGCUCCAAGAUCGUCCGUGUCCGAUCCGACAUGCUCGAGGAGCUGAUAAAUGCUGGACAGAUACUGGGGGUGAAGUUUAUUGCAAACUUGGGGUCACCGUUAUCACAAGUUAAAGGUCUGCCUGGUUUGUCGAAGGAGCCAGAAAACAAAAGUGACACAUCCACAGAGAUGAUGCCGAUCAUCACAGAGUCCUUUUCGAUAUCUGCAGAGGAGUUCAAUCAGACAAGCAGAUCUGUAGGUAAUGACGAGGACUCGGACAGCGAUGUUAUGUUCGUCUCUCAAACAGAUGUCAAAUCCAGAGCAGUCAAUCAGAAAGAUGACUCCGUUGAGGUCAUUGAUUUGGAGGGCCCCGAUUCAGAAAAUGCAGCAGCAAAGAAAAGUGAAGAAUCAAAUGAUACUGUAUCAAAACAGAAAGUCAAAGCCACCGCCCCUGUGAAAACAAAUGCUGCAAAUCCUCCGAGCAUCACUUCUCUGAACACUAGUAUGCCAGAGAGCAGCCCUCUGCACAGCCCAGACAGCUGCUCCAAUAACUCGUCUUCGCCCGCCAGAGUUUCCUCAGGAAGUGCUCCCACGACACCAGCCAGGUCACACAGCUUCACCCCCGAACCAUCGAGUGCCUCUCAGUCAUCUGAAAGCAGUGAUAUCAUGGGAGUCCACAAAAAGCAAGUUUCUACUUCAACUCAGCAAGGAGAUUUUAAAAUAAGGCUGUUGGAUGUAUCGAACGUAGAAACUCAAACCAACACUUCUAGAGCAAAAAAGACAGUUACGCUUAACACGGCUACAGAGAUUGAUUCCAUUUCAUCAGGUUGUAAAGUUUAUGCCAAUAUUGGGGAAAAUACUUACGACAUUGUCCCGGUGAAGGAAGAUCCAGGAGAGGGGGGAUCUAAAGCCAAUAAAGGGAAGAGAUCGUUAAUGGCAACACCUUUGAAACCGUUUGAUAAAACACCCGUGUUACCGAAGUCCGGCCCAAACAAGAAAAAGACCAAAACGGAGCUCGAGGAUCACUAUGAGCUGAUCAUGGAUGGAAAGACUUUCUACGUGUGCAUUGUCUGUAAGCGCCCCUACGUGUGUCUGACGAGUCUCCGCCGUCACUUCAACACUCACUCGUGGGAAAAGAAAUACCCGUGCCGCUACUGUAACAAGGUCUUUGCUCUGGCUGAAUACAGAACUAAACAUGAAAUCCACCACACAGGGGAAAGGAGAUACCAGUGCUUGAUGUGCAAUGAAACGUUCAUGAACUAUCAGUUACUGUCCACCCACUGCAAGCAAGUCCACAACCAGGAUCCCAGCGGGAGGAAAGAGAAAGACGAUACAGACAACAACUUAUACCGCCUGCUGCCGUGUAAAACCGUGCAGAUGAAGCCAUAUUCAUGGUCCACUGACGGGCAGGGGGUGCCCGUCAUCUCUGAGGACGGCAGCGUGCACCACAUAACCGCUGGCGAGGAAGUCCACUCUUCCACCCAGAGCAGGAUGUUGAACUGGGACGACAUCUUUGUUGAGCCCGAGGCUCACAUCCCAUCUGAAGGCCGAGCCCAACCUGCUGCAAACACUCCGACACAGGGGGUGACAGAGUUUGACUUUGUAAUACCAGAGACCUACUGAGCGACACUCGCUACUCCAUUACUUGUGCCUUUUAGGUGCCCCUUUAUUUUCCUCUUCAAUUCCACGUUAACAAUAUUGUUCCUCUGUAAUGCUCGAUGGUGUCAGCUGAAGGUACAAUCACAUUUAGCCUCCCCGUUCACUGAAGUUUCCCUUCACUCAACUCUGGAAAAGCUUUCUGAUGUGAGAAUUGAAUAAAUAUUUAUAGGCGUGAGCGUCGUGAGAGCAAUAUGAAACAGACCAAGAAUAAAGACUAAACAGUGCAUCAGUGUCUCUGUUGACAGAUGCAGCACUAAAACAGAAAACGCAUGCUUGAAUUUUUUUCAGCAUAGAUGGAGCAAAUAUUCAGUGUAAUGUGACCGCACCUUUAUCCAUUUUAUUCUGUAUCAUUGGGUGAUGAUAAUGACGUUAGUAACAAACAGAAAUGGUUCACACGCAAUAAAAUAAGUAAUUUAUAGGGAUGCACCGAAAUGAAAAUUCCUGGCCGAAACCGAAAACCGAAAAUGAGGAAACCAAGGCCGAAAACCGAAACACUGAAAGAAAUUAUUAUGCCAAUUAUUAGUACCAUUGCAUUUAUGGCUAUGACUGUGUACUAACCUCACUAAAAUCAAGGCAUUGCAAUUCAAAGAAUAAAUCAAUUACAAAAGUAUGAAAAUAUUUAUUUAGCAUUGACAUUACAACAAUGCACAAUAUAAAAUUAAAUUAAGUUAAAAAUAAAAUGUUAAACUUGACCUCACUCAUGUGCACAUUAAAUAAUAAUGUACAGGCCUAUAACUGACUGGCCUGCUGAAAGAUUGUAAAAUUAAAUAUGUUCUCUUAUAAAAACACAAAUCGGUGUCGGUCUAAUAAGCAGCAACACAGAGCUAUAAGGACGCUUUGCUCUCACACGCACUGCAUUUAUAGUCACACAAACACACGCGCGCAGACACUCUCUAGCCUUUUUCUGCGCUCUGCUCUCCUUCUCCUGUGCUGUGCGCUUCUCCGUCUCCAAGCAGGUUCUCCGCAUCCAUCGCGGCCUGGAUCAUUUCUCGUGUGCACUGCUUUAAUCCCACAUCCAAGUAAUGAUCUUGAUCAAGUACAGUCGCAAUGAAGUGCAGAGGAUCCAAAUAGAUCUCAGUGAAAUGUGUGCUGACAGACUCUUAGAGUGUACUACACUUUAGUGCUGCAAUUAAAGGAAUAACGUCUGCUACAGAUGUAUCAGAGGAGCUGAUCUCUUUAGUUAGCUGUUUCAGCCGUGAUGUUUGGGUGAUAAAAGUAUUUCGGCCAAAAACCGAAAAUGCGCUUUUGGGCCGUUUUUGGCCAAAGAUUUUCGGUGGCCGAAUUUUGUGCAUCCCUAGUAAUUCACUAUGAAUUUUUUAAAAAUCAUGCGAGAAUUGAAAAUGUCCAAAAAGAAUAAAUAGAAUGUUAAUUAAACAGCUCCAGUAAAGUUAAUCAUUUAUGUUUUCAUUUUACAGAUGAGGAAGCUUAAUUUGCUUUAAAGCCUCAAAAAAAAUUCUCAGUUUAAAGAUCAGAAGCACAAAACAAAUAUUGAAAUAAGACGCUGGAAAGUGUUUAAUCAUUCUCAUGUCAGCAGCAACUCUUUUAAUUCCAAGUAUGAACAAUCAGUGAACGACAUGAGGUCCAUUUCAUAAAAAUGGAAAUGAGGUUCCCAUACUCAUUAGAAAGUGAACCUUAUUGUUUUCUUUGGCGUGGGUACAGUGAGGUUUUAGGAUUUGUACAAAAUACUGUAUUUACACAAUGAAAUAAAACAAGGUCUUAUAACAGCUAAUGCAUCAAUUAUAAAUCUGCUUUUAAGGAUCAAAUGGACAUUUCAGCUGGCGUGACGAGUUUCUGGACUGUAAUCAUUCCUGCUUCCCAUUUUAAACUUAUUUCAAUCGUUUGUUCUAGAGAGUCAAAAUUAUGAUCUGAAAUAUACUUUUGCAUCAUGUGAUUGUUAGCGGUCCCACAUCAGGGUCUUGUGGCAGGGAAGAUGUUCAAUGUUUAUUUAAUAUUAAGUCGUUGUCCAUUAAACACGUUUUAUUUUCAUCCUCCUGUACAUUAUUUGUCUUUUGAUUACCAUGUCACUUAAAUGUUAUUUCAAUGCCAAAAUCUGCGUGCUCUGUACCGUAGGCUAGAGAUGUUGCUGACAAAUAUGAUGAUAGGAUUGACAUAUAUCAGUCAAUACAGAUAGCACUUAGCGUUGGAUCAUGCAGAAUACUAUUUUAACAUAUAAUUAUACUUUUUUUUUUUUUUUUUUUUUUUUUAAUCCGGUUUCAUCGUGUCAGAAUGUAGAGGUCAGUACGAGUAAACAAGUAGUUCUAACAUGGAAAUCUGUUCCACUUCAUGUCAUUCAGUAACUGCAGGAUUUUAAAUAAACAUUAACUUUGGUGUGUGUGAUGUACAGAAUAUAUUUGUGUUAAAUACCUUCUUUUUUUUUUAACUUUCACAUGUAUAUAUUAGGUUAAUAUUGGUAGACUAAAUGAAAUAGUUAUUAAAAAUGUUUUUUUGUUGGCGGUUUACAAAAUGUCCCUUUCUUGUUAAUUAGAAAUAAGGGUUGCUAAAUAAAUUAUUCUUUUACUAUUUUAACUACCAGUAUAUAAACAUGUCAUUUACUUUGUUGUGUUGUCUCCAC